GAUUCCAUCGUAAGAUGCCGAAACAAUACGAGUACGAUGGUUGGUCUUACGAAAGACUGGGCCAGCAGCGUGGGCGUGCGCACUUUCUGCUGACCGAGCCUUAUCGCUACGUGACGGUGAUUCUAUCCCCGAGACCGAGUGAUCCGCAUCGCCUGUUUUGCAUAGACAGCUCCUGCUACCAUGCCGCCGGCCCCCUUGGGGAGGGCAAUAUUGUGGAGAUCGAGAACAUUCUUUGCAUUUGUUGUCCAUGGCAUCGCUACCUUGUUUCGAUCGAGAAUGGUAAGGAGGUUUUUGUGCAGACGGACCAGUCAAAGUCGAGCGGCGUCAUCGCCAACCGCAAUGAUGGCUCUGUGGGGCUGACGCCGUCAACGCGAGGGGUCCCUGCCAGCCCAGGCGCGUCGGUCACCUGCGGGAAGGUAGUCCAGCGCACUCACAAGGCGUAUCUAGAUGAAACGACCUCGGUCUUGACAAUUGAGGUGGAUGACGACGAGGUGAUUAGGUCCAACCCCUUAAAAUCGGAUUACUCAUCCCAGGACAUUCAAUACGGUGGCAUGUGUAUGCAAAUAUUUGAUAUCAAAUCGAAAGGACUUUCAAACGAUCGUUUCUAGCCGUCGAGCACGCUUUGUUUCUUGUUGAAUACACGCAAUACAGGAAGUCAAACUUAGCAAAACCAAUGUAGGUCUCUUUUGCAUCAAAAUCUCGUGUUUUCUGAAUCACCGCUAUGUACAUCUUUUUGUCUGAUGUCUUACUUAGCCUAUUGCUGGUGUUGUGUAUCAACAUCGGAACUUUGUAGUUUCACUGUCAAUUUGACAUUUAAACGUGGCUAAAA